AUGGCGGAGGCCCGGGCCCGGGCCGAGUACCCGUGCGGCAGCGAGUGUCGCUGCGGCUGCCACCCGCUGGAGGAGCCGCGCUGCCUGCACUGGCAGGAGAGGCAGGUGGCCCAGUGGGUGGAGAAGCUGGGCUUCCCGCAGUACAUGGAUUGUUUCAUUUCAAACAAAAUCUCAGGCAGGAAACUCAUUUUCGUCAACUGCUCCACCCUACCCAGUAUAGGAAUCACAGACUUCGAGCACAUGAAGGUGAUCUCCCAUGAGAUUCAGAAGCUACUAGAUAUCAAAGAGCCUCUCUGGAGUCGCAGCAUUUCCCACCAUCACAGGGAUCCCAUGGGCUUGUUUCUAGAGCGCAAGGCUCCAACAGGACCCAAGGCUGACGCGCUGACGUUGGAAGAAUUCCUGAAAGAGCUGGAUACCCGAAUUUCUUCCGAAAUCCCUCGGAGAAGAAUCUAA